AUGCCUGCGCACGCGAAGACAACCGGCUCAACGCACGCGGAAGCAACGAAGCGCGGCCGUGGCCGUCCGGCCAACACCAACGCCCCGCAGAAGCGUAUGAUGAUCGAGGACAUUGCAGAAUAUCGCAGUCUCAAGGCCAGAGGCGCGCCGCAGGUGGACAUCACAGCGGCUAUCAACUCGGAAACUCGGAAAAUCAUCCAGCACUUCGGGUGGAUGGAUCCAUUACGCGCCGUAUCCCCAGUGACACCAACGGAGGCCAGCGAUCAUCCGCCGAACGAGCUCGAACAGAAGCGAAGGGACGCCGUGUACAAGAAGGUCCGAGCGGAAGUGAGGAAGGUCUGGCGGGAGAACCUGUCGGCCAAGCCUUCUGAAGUAGUCGACAAGUCAUCAACUGCGAUCGCGGAGCUGAUCAAACUCUUCGCCCGCAAGCCCCGUCACAAGCAGCUUUAUAAGGUUUGGGCCGCAUCGCGAGCACGCCCCGACCUGGAAGCGGAAGUGGAUAAGCGUCAUGCCGCCAAGAUGCAACAGAGUGCGCUCACUACAAACACUACUCCACGUGUGGCAACAUGGAAUGAGGUGGCUUCGGAGUGGUACCAUAUGGCGAGCAAGAAGGAGAAGAAGGCGACUCGCAAGGAGCGCAAGCGCAUGUAUAGGCGGGACAAGAAGGCUUGGGAACUUAGCGCGUCCGCGAUGCCCGACUCCCCUGAAGAGGCUAUCGAUUUCAUGGAGGCGUCACAAGGCUUCCUAAGCGAUCUCAUGCACUUCUUCGCGAAUAGGGCUUCAGGGAUAGCCGUUAUGUUCUUGAGUGGCCCCGACGGUGCUAGAUUGAUCUCGGAAGGCGUGUGUAACGUUUCCGAACGGCCCAAACUACUUUAUACCGAAGUGAACCCAGAAGACUGCGAACACUUCGAACACGGAUUGGCGAAGCAAACUCAGAUUCUGAACGCCGACAAGAACGGCGACGGUGAUAUCGAAAGCGGGAAUGUCGAAUUUGAAGGCAUAAACCUCGAAGGCGAGGGUGUUAAUGCCGGGAAUGGUGAUAGCUACGUCGAGGACGAAGCCGACGACGACAACGAAGAGACAGACAGGCUCGAGUUUCUGAUGCUGCAUCCGCCUGCUCAGCAGGAAGCCCAGGCCACGCGCUCGCACAGAUCUUCCGAUGCAAGCACCUACGACCCGCUUUCGAUACAGCUUGAUGCCGAGACCAACAUUUAUGAGCCGAACUCUGACGAUGAUCCUCCCUUCGCCAACCUAGUUGAUGACAUAACGCCCACUCCGAACGCCUGCAUGGCAACGUACUUUGCAUUCGAUGCAGGGAAGAACUAUACACAGUCGACAAUGGAUGCGAUCGAGUACACCCGCCUAUUUCGCGCCAUCUUGCCUAAAGUCUUGCCUCAUAAGCCGUGGUUGGAAGAGUCUAAUACGGUGAACUUCCUCAGAUCGGUCCCGAACAAGCUUGGGGAUCGGAUAGGCGCGCAGCUAGCAUGCGAUCUCAGCAUGGCAUACCUGAAUUUUGAAGCUAGCAAGCUGGACGAGUUCCCUCUGGAUAUGAAGACAGUAAAGACGUCGGAUGGGUCUGAUGCUAUCCCACCACCGGACUACGUGGCAGGUCUACAGUCAAGAUCAUUUACGUCUCGAUGGAACGGUAGAGCUGGCAAGGGCGAGUUCAGGACACCGGCGAAGCUGGAUGCAGACAUCAACAUUAGGCUGCCUCACCAGUGGGCACUUCUACAACCGAAGGAGCGUUUGGACGAGCAAGGGCGCAUAUGUCGCACUGCUGACGUAGAUAUGAGCUGGAAGAAAGCUCUGGCACCCGGCAUAGACGGUGCACGUCUGCUCGUUGUGACAGCCUUGGUUUGGGUAUGGAACCUUCGGGAUGAAGAGCGCUCCCAGUGGUCAUACUUGGCGAUCGACAUGAUCCAGGUCCUUCGCAUCUUGUGUCAUCAGGAUAGCCUUCUAGGAACUCGCGAUUCAACAGCGGCAAUACGUCGAAAUGAGGGUGCCGUACCCGAGGGACGCAAAAGAUCGGCGCGCGAGUGGAAGAAGAGCGCAAAGCUUCGGGAACUUGAAGGAACUAUCUAA